GCAGGCUGGUGCCGCAGCCGCAGUAGCGGACCGACGAGCGCACGCGCAGCUCGCCACGAGUUUCGCGUCGGCGUCGUGAGUGCUUUCAAAUACAACCUUCGUUCAGUGCGGUAUUUGUUACCUCCGCAAAGUGCAUACCUAUCUGCAAAAUGAAGUUCCACAUCAAAAUAUUUGAUUUCGUGCCUGCGCGAUUCAACAUCGCCCUAAUGAUGUUCUUCGCCUGCUGGGUCAACUACAUGAUGCGAGUCAACAUGAGCGUCAACAUCAUCGCCAUGGUGCCUGACGACAACAACUCUACAUCAGUGAAGUCAGAAUGCGAAGCCAUAGUGACCGACGACAGCGCGCUGCUAGACAAUACGAGUUCAACGAUGAUCACCAAGCGGCAGCUACGGCAGCCGGACGGCGUGAUAACAUUUGAUUGGACGGCGCAGCAACAGGCCUAUGUGUUAUCGGGCUACUUUUGGGGAUACGCCAUUACUUGUUUGGUGGGAGGAACGGCGGCAGAGCUAUGGGGGCCCAGGAAAGUAGUGUUCCUCACAAUGCUACUCAGCGCCAUCCUGACUACGCUGACCCCUCAAGCUGCAAGACUGCACUACCUGGUGCUGGUUGCGACUAGAUUCGUCAUGGGACUAGCCGCAGGUUUCCUGUUUCCCGCCCUCCACGCUCUAGUGGCGCACUGGGCGCCCCCCGCUGAGAAGGGAAAAUUUGUGAGCGCGCUGCUCGGCGGCGCGAUUGGCACAGUGGUCACCUGGUCGCUCACUGGACCUCUUAUCGAAAACUUCGGCUGGGAUUACGCUUUUUACAUUCCAGGAGCCAUUGCUUUCGUUUGGUGUGUGACGUGGUGGGCGCUAGUGUAUGACUCGCCUGUGCAGCACCCUCGCAUAUCCGACAAGGAAAAGAAGUACAUACUCGAAGCUAUCGGCGACAAAGUGCAGCAAAACUCACAUAAUAAGGUCGUACCCCCAUUCAAGAGCAUUCUCACCUCAUUCCCAUUCCUAGCGAUGGUCAUUCUUCACUACGGGAGCAACUGGGGCCUAUACUUCGCGAUGACCGCUGCACCCAAGUUUGUGUCGAGCGCGCUGGGCUACAACUUGACGUCCACUGGCACACUGGCGUCACUACCGUACCUCGCUAGAAUGAUCUUCUCAUUGGUCUUCGGAGCUAUCGGUGACAGAAUCGUGAAACAGAACGUGGUGUCCACAACGUUUAUGAGGAAGUUCUUCUGCCUAUUUUCCCAUGUGCUGCCAGGGCUCCUACUCAUCGCCCUUGGCUACACUGGCUGUGCGCCCGUCCUCUCUGUCGCACUCAUCACCUUCUCCAUGGGCUCGAACGGGGCAGCAACACUCACAAACCUGGUGAACCACCAGGACUUGGCUCCGAAUUUCGCAGGAACGUUGUAUGGAAUUGCGAACGGAAUCGGAAACACAGCGGGAUUCGUAACUCCACUCGUCACGGCGCAUUUCACUAAGAGCGGGAAUGGCUUCUCGGAAUGGCGGCCGGUGUUCAUGACCGGAGCAUCGCUCUACAUCGCUUCUGCAGUUUACUUCAUCUUGUUUGGGACGGGAGAAACGCAGGAAUGGAAUUAUGUACCUGUAGUUGAAGAGGACGAGAGAGAUAAAAGACCGAGCGCAAAUUCAACUGACACCACUGUUACGAUCCCUGUUAAAUCGUAGAUUUUAGUUAAAGAAUAAAUAGUGACUUUCUAA